AUGAAAAUAGAAAGAGUUAUCACUUACAUUUUUUUCUUGUUGAUUUUAUUUGAUGUUUUAAGACCUCAACCACAUUCAUCAUAAUAGACAUAAUAAUCACAAGAAGAAUAGUUAUAAACAUAAACAUAAAUAAAUUAAGAUUAAGAUUAAGAUCAAUAAAAAGAAAGAACUAUUUAAGAAGAUAUUGAUUUAGAAAAUGCAGAAUAUAUUGAAUCAACAUUACCUAUUAAUAUUGAAAUAUUUUAUUGUAAUCGAACAGGAUUACAUACAUAAUAUUAAGAAUUGGAAAGAAAUAUCUACCUCACAUUUCCAAAAAAUAAAAAUUUAAAUGUAAAUCCUGGAGAAUAUCCAGUGCCUGAAAUAAAUUAAUAAUUAUCAAAGGUUAUUAAAAUAAAAAUGAUAUUUUUAGUUUGUUAAUUAUGGUUAAUAUGCAUUGAUGGCAGCUAUGUUUUUCCAUAAAUAAUUAUUUGCAAUGUUUUCUUUACCUGUACCUGCUAUUGUUGAAAAAAUAGUGGAAAAGAAAAUGUUUGUUUUAAUUGGAGCUAUUUUUCUAGUCCAAUAAUUACAAAAUUCAUUACUUACCACAGGUAAAAUGAUGGUUUAUGUGGAUUCUAAACUAAUUUUGGAUUAAGCAGCUCCAAUAUAAAUAGAUAAAGUGUUUUAAUUAAUAAAAACUGAGUUAUUAUAAUUAUAAUGAAACCAAUAUUUCGUGGA